AUCGCGCGGGCGGCGAGCUCUACUGGCCGGGCGGCCGGCAUCACUUCCGAACGAACGAACUAUCCCACUCGUGUGCCGUGUUUACGAAACCUGCACUAUCCUACACAACCCUAUUCUAAAAAAAAAAACUACAACAAACCCUUUGGUUUUAUAAUAGUGCUGUGCUGACCGAUUUUGGAUUUUUUUAAUUCGGGAACGAGACCGUUGUAUGGGCUGCUGACUGCAACACAAAUCGAAUAAAAUGGCUGAAAACGGGUACGGUCCAGGCGGACACAUCGGCAGAAUUCCCAACUUCGGAAAAACGCAUGUCAACCCAAUGGGUGCCGUGGAGCCGCCAGCAUGCAUCCAGAAUGCGAUGAUGACAAAAGACAAGAAACCCUUCACAUACACACCAGGCGGCCUUGAUCUGUCACAGAUUCGCACUCCAAGCAUGGCGAGAAGACUGGCAAGACAGCGGUCUUUGGAAGACCAACAAGAACAGCAGUAUGCUCAGCAGCAGCACCAUCAACAGCAGCCCACAAAUGGUGGCUACCACCCACAGGGAGGACCAGCUCCUCCACCACCCCCACCUCCUAAAAUGCCCGUCCCACCCCCACCACCUCCAAUUGUUAUCCAAGCUCCGAACUCAAAAUCUCCAAAACCCAUUGCACCCGGUGAACGCCCCGAAAUUGUAAUCCCCGAAAAUCCGAUAGGAAUGUUACGAAAAACGAACAGCCCAUAUCACUGGGAGGCUGAAAAGGCUGAACUACAGAAGUUGGGUAACACUCCCAAGUAUGUAGACAAGGUCCCAAGCCCGCUGACGGUGAAAAUGCCUCCUUCCACAUUUAGUCAGCAGCAGCCACAGGCCUACACGCCGCCUUCACAAAAUAACUUCCAACGUGGACCUUAUGGUAACCAGCGUAACCCUGAGAGUCCCAUCUACAAACCUGAAGCACAAUAUGCUCACCAGCAUUCUUCCUCUCCUCAAGGUUCUCCACCAACGAGAGAAGUAUUACAAAGACAGGACUCUCAGUUCAAUAAGAGUCCUCAACCAUACGCUGGUGUACCUUCCUCAAACAGUUCUCCCUAUUCACCUAGCCCCAACAACAACUGGCGGCAACCAGAGAAACGGGAUUCUCCAGCAAACACAAGUAGUCCACAGUCCAUACAAUCGAACCGUAGUCCAUUCACACCAAACACACAACAAUACUCGCCCAACAAUCAGCAGUACUCUCCUAACUUCCAAAACCAAACUCCACCUUCCAACUCCGGUCCUGCGUUCCAUACCUUACCCAGAGUUGGACAGAGAAACGUUGACGCACCGAGUAACAACAACAAUGUGAUGUACAACAACACGAAACAGAGUCCACAGAACGAGUCUAACGCGGCUCCUUGGAGGACAGCUACUCUAAACAGACAUCCAAGAGAACAAGAGAAUCAACCACCAGCCUAUAAUAAUGCAAAUUCGAAUCAAGAACAGUACAUUCCUCCAUGGAAAGUUAACCAGAACAAUAACACGAAUGCUAAUAAUGAGAACUCUUACGUUCCGCCAUGGAAACAGGAAAGUAAGCCACAGCAGCAGUACACUCCUCCAUGGGUCAAUAAUAACAAUUCUCAGGAUUCUAACAACAAUCGGGUUCAGGAAAAUAACUCUGCACCUUGGAGAAGUCACGAGGCACCUUCACCACCUAAGCAACAGGAGCAACCUCGUUACCAAUCAACAAUGUCUAUCCCUGUUACUCCUAGGAAACAAAAUCAACAGCCCGAAUACAACAAUGCUCCACAAAAGGAGGUAGUUUACGUAAAUGAGGAGCCUGUGUACUUCUGUCCUGAAAGUCCGAAGUCUAUUCCUCCUUGGGUAAAGACACAGAAGGAGAAGACAAAGACACCUCCUCCAACUUGGGUGCAAAGACCACUGGAAGGCAGAAAGAGUCUCUCUAGGGAACUAAACACACCUCCCCGGGAAACCAACCAGGAGCCAGAAUGGGUUAGAAAGAGCAAUGAAAUGCAGAGGGGUGCACGUGAGGUGGUCAGCCCUCCCAAAUACCAGCAACCAGUACAACCGACGUGGUCAACACGACCUUCAGACAACCGUAAGAGUGUGCCAAGGGAUAAUGGACCUGGUUCCCCAGGAGCACGGGUUAUUCCUAUCCAGAUGGAGGUGUCUACGACGGAGACUAGGGAUUCGAGGCACGGUGGUCAUCCACAGCCAGGUCUGAGGAUUACGAUUGGUAUGAAUCAGAACCCAGACCAGGCUCGUGCACCAUUCUCACCGCCUACUCAGCGCAUCAUGAGGGUUUUGUCUCCUCAACUGGUGAGGUUAGAAGACUCAAACCAACAGCCUGACCUGCCGACCUUGAACCGAACUUUCCAAGACAGUCAGCCGAAGACUAGGAUAAUACCGAUUCAGAUUGAAGGUGGAAACGGAGGGGCGAACAAGAGUGUCUACUACCAUAAGUUCACACAAGAAGGGCCCCCGAGACAAUCAAAGGCAUUCAGGGUUUUGCAGAUCAUCACCGGUACCGAGGACUUGGAUGACAUCAAAGAAAUCGAAAAGCAUCAUGGAUUUACCGAUUUAUAAUAAAAUAUGUAAAUAUAUAUUAUAUAUAAUAGUUAUAUAAUUAUAUACACGUUUUAAAGUUAGUAUAAUAGGGAAAGUAAUAAGGCAAUCACACGAGUAUUCAUUUGAUUUAACUUGACACGUAAAUUAUACAAUUUAAUGUAAAAAUUAUUGAAUAAUAAUAAUUGAUAGGUCGAUUAUAAUUUUUGUUUUAAUUUAAUUUAUUUGGGAACUAAGUUCCAAUACGUUAUACAAUAUAAGUUUCGUAGUAAAACAUUGUUUAUUUUUUAGCUUGAAUUGAUAUUAAUAUUUUAUUAUUUAAUUACAAGUUUUAAGACGUUAAAAUAACAACAUAAAUUAUAUUUUCUUAAAUAUUAUUUAUAUUUGUUAAUAAUACUGUUACAAAAUAUUUACGUAUUAUUAAUUGGGUUUACUGUAUUAUAUUUUAAUGUUUAAUUUAUACAUUAUACGAUUAAUUUACGCUCUGUAUAUAAAUCGAAUAAUAAUAGCGAUCCGAAAUAAUCGAAAUAUAAUUAUUUCGGAAUUAUACUAAUGCUCAUGAACACAGCUAGCUUACCAAAGAAUUAUUAGAUGUAAUUAAUAAAUUAUUUAUAAGUAUAAUUGAAUAAUAUUAUUACAAUUAUUUAAAUAGAAGUAGAUCGUAGAUAGGUUAGAUAAUAUUAUUUAAAAGUUACCAAAUCUACUCAGCACUUAGAUUAUACAUAAAAUAUAUAUUUAUUUCCUGUCACUAACCCUAUUAUAUAUUUAUAUAUUAGAUAUUAUAUUUAUAUAUUUCCCAUUGACUUAAUUCGUUGUCCCAGAUUAACAAUUAACAUUGUGUAUAUAUAUGUUGAUAUUACUUUAUAUAUAUUUAGUUUUGGCCCGGAUUAAUGGAUUUAUUGACAUACUAACAUACUGAAUGUGAACGAUUCGUAAUUUCAUAGCGAUGGUGGCAUUUCCGUGAUUCCCGAUAAAAAAAAUAUGUUUUGUGUAUUGUGAUUAACUAAAACUUUACUGUUUAGCGUUAUAGUGAUGUUACUGGUCAUAUAUUAGUAUAUAUUUAUAUUUAUGUAAUAUAUUUAUCUGUAUAUAUUUUAUAUGAAUUGCUGUUCGUUAGUCUCGCUAAAAGUCGCGAACUUCGAUGAUGGAUCGAUUUGGCAAAUCCAGGGAAGGUUUAAAAGAUGAGAAAAAAAUGUUUAAGGCGGUACCAAGUUUUACGAGUCAGUUUAUAAUAUUUAUUAUUAUCAAACUAUAAUUUAUGUUUAAGAAUAUUUAUAAUUUUAUCUUAAUAUUAUAAGGUAUUAAUGUUUAAUACUUUUUUAUAUUUAUUAAGUAUACACUUUUUAUAUAUUAUUAUAUUUAUAAUAUUAUAUUUAUUUAUUUUAUAUAUUAUAUAUAUCUAUUAUUAUAUUUUAUAUAUAUAAAAGGACCAGUUAUCAUCACUGUAAUGAGAAAACUAAUUGAAAAACAGACGAGGGGUGUGGCAAUCUAGUCAGUGUGAUCUUUCUUAAGUAUAUAACGUAUAUAAAUAUACGGCUAGGUAUUACAAAAAUAUUUUAUAUUAAAAUUAUUAUAGAUUUUAUAUUUUGCUUAAUCCUAUUACUUAUAUUAUAUAGUAUAUAAGUAUAAUUUAAUUUUAUAAUAAAAGUUUGAAAAUUG